CAAGUAUCCCAAGCUCGUGUUGAGCUCCAAGCCGCCUUUACUCGCUAUCAUCUCAACAAGUCGAACCAAAAACCAGAUGUCUCCACGUGAACGAAACAUCGAGGCAAAAUGUACAGCAAGUACAACAUUAACCUACGAGAUAUUGGAAAGAUUGAUAUGGGAUUGCUCCAGGUUGCUACAGCUGAUGUCGUCGCGACAACCUCCUUCAUGCUUGUCUUCAUUGCCGCUGAUCCUCACGUAACCCAAAUUCUUCGUCAAGAAAUCCAGUCAGCCAUUGUUGGCUGGACUGGACAGCACGGAAAGAGAACGAUAACGAUUGAAGUCUCGGCCCUUGAGAUACUCUACCCGCGGCUUGCCUCACGCGAUCCAUUGUGCCAAGCCCGAAUGGGGUCAUGAAUCUGAUCAUUUGAGGAGCGGCAAUAUUGCUUAUCACGGACCAGGAGCAAGGCUAU